GCCGGGCUGCCAUCCCGGGGCCAGGAAGCGGCGGGCGGCGCCAUGGGGAACCGCUGCGGCUGCUGCGCCGGCCGCAAUUGCCCUUCGCUAUUGAAGAGGUACAAAGAAAAACCAGAUACAAGAAUCAGUAAGCCGAGUUUACAGACCCCGGAAAUCAACAAGGGUCUUGAGGUGGCCCCCGUCUACGAUGACGUCUCAGAGUUCCCGGUCUACGCCACGGUGAGCAAACCGAAGAACAUGAAGCCGGAUGAAAGCAGUGUGCAUUAUGCCGACAUCCAGGUCUUCACCAAGCCCCGCGAACGCUCAGCCGGGGAGGUGAAAAACCUCCAGACGCAGAAUGCGACGGAAUACGCCACCCUCAAUUUCUCCCGAGCCCCCCUGAAAUACGACAACAAGAACGGGACUCUGGUAUAAGUGCCAAAGAGGAAAUUUCUGGAGGAAAAUGACAUCCAGGAACCGCAGGUGCUCAGUUGUUUCAGAAAAGGGGAAAACAACAACAACAACCACACACAUACACAAUCUGGAUCGGGUCAGAAUGGACUCUUGGAGGAAGAAUGUUUUUUUCUUGAGGGUGGGGAGAAAAUGAGCCCUUUGGACAAUGGGAGGAGUGAGUAAGUUACAGAGGGAAAAUGGCUUCUUGGAUGGUGUGAGCAAGGAAGACAGCCAGCUGGAGGACGAAGCCCAGAUGAAAUAUGGAAUAAGCAACAUGAAGAAAAUCUCCUCCAAGCAAUCGUUGCAGGAUGUCUCUAUAUCAAGAGGGCUUGUUUUUGAUCUAAAGGGGUGGGGGGAAAUUACACUACAGAAAACUUUGGAGGGUGUCUUUUUGCUUGGACAGCCGUUUGCAGCAAUUCCUGGGGCAGCGGACCUGUGAAAUUUUGUGCGUCGUUGGAAAUGUCCUUCCGUUGGUAGGGAAGACAUGGGUUUUCUUUGUUCUGUGUAACCAGCGGACGAUUCCUUUGGCAGCUCAGCUCGUGAGGAAACAAAUGGUCCCUUUUUAUCUCACGGAAGCACCUUGCCCAGAACAAAGAGAUCCAUGAAAUUUUUCUACAAGAGGGGAUUCCCAGCAUAAUUUCCACGCUGUGAAACAGAUCCGGGAAAAAGACUUAAUUAUGAUGUAAAAAAAUUAUGCAGAUUCCCCACGUGCUAAAAUUAGAUUAUUUUCAAGGAAAAGAAGGUCAGGGCCCCCCGCUCCUUAGAGUGUGUAUCCUUGGAAGGAAGCGUUUUUUGGAAAUUGUGUUGGGCGAGGACUUUGGCCAAAAAGGUGUGAAGAGCUGUCCUCUUUCUACAUGGCGAGAUCAUUGACCUAUCAUUCUUUAAAGCAAUGUUUCUCAGCUUUUAAGGCCAUUUUAAGAUGAGUGGGCUUCAACUCCCAGAACUCCCCAGCCAGUGUGUGGUUCAGACAACUGAAUAAAGAAUAACAGGAGUUAGGAGGAAUCUUUAAGAGGUCUUCUAGUCCAACCCCCUAACCCUAACCCGAACCCUAUCUAUACCAUUUCAGACAAACUGUUGUCCAAUCUCUUCUUGAAAACCUCCAGUGUUGGAGCACCCACAGCUUCUGGUGGCAAGUAGUUCCAGUGGUUAAUUAUUCUCACUGUCAAGAAAUUCCUCCUUAGUUCUGGAUUGCUCCUGGCCUUGUUUGGUUCUUGUCCUGUUGCUUCUUGUCCUGCCAAUAAAUGAUAGCGGUGAGAAGAGAGGUCAGCAGAGAAGGAUGACCAUUGAAGACACUUGACUCAAGCAAGACAAGGAGUAAAUCUGGCGUCACUGUGCUUACAAAAAGACAUAGGGAUCCUUUGCAUCGCUCCAUCCCUUGUUAACCAGGCAAGGGUGAACUCGAUACUCCCCAACUCCUCUAGGGCUGUGGGAGUACAGCUCUCCAAUAUUUGGGGGGCAUUUAAAUGGAGAACGAUAGCCUAGUGGGUAUAGUGGACUUGCAAAAGGACUUCUUAAAUGUCAGAAGAGCGAAACAGCCCUAAAGGAAUCCACCCUGGGCUCUCUUGCUUUACUGUUGGGUACACACUACUGUUGAACUUCAAAAUAUUGUCACAAAUAAGUUGGUCUGUCGGGUUUGUUUGUCUGUGUGUUUUCACAGCUAGUGAAACUAGGAGUGGAAGGCAGGAAAUUCACUUUCCACUUUCCUUUUGACUCUAUUGAGUAAGUAAAGAUUGGAGAUAAACCUGCCUGCCUGCUGUGGAAAAUAUAGGGAGAAAAGCUUCUUUUAUCUGCAGAAUUUUUAGCUUGCAAAAUGAUUGACUUUGGCUAAAGAGGUUCCAUAUAGUUACCAGCUAAUCCAAUGUUUUGUGAAGAAGCACAAAUAGACUGCCCUAAGUAACAGAGAAAUUCACUUUUUUUUUAACAAGCACUAAAUAGAAGAAACGUGAUCCCCGAUUUUGUUCCAAAAAAAAAAAGAGUUUGCCCCCAAUAAUUUAUGUUUAUUAUUUGCACUGAAUUUUAUCAAUCACAAAGGCACAUUUUCUGUGUUUCCAAAUCCUAUUUAUAUUUAUUGGACUGGAGUGAGAUCAGAUUAGAAAUUGGGGUUGGAUCUCUCAGUGCUCGUCCCGCUCAAAUAUUAUUUUAAAAGGAUCACCAUGCUAGUCCUCAAGGCAGCGGAAAGAAUCUAAAAGAUACUAUGAAGUGGGUUUUUUUUUUAAUUUCUAAACUGUAUUUAUGACUUUAAAAGGUCUUCUCGGGAUUUUGAAUAUUGAGAUUCACAGUGACAGUAAUUAUAUUUAAUUUAAAAAUAAUUUGGUAAACACAGACAGCAUUUCAGUGCAAAAUAUUGGAGAAGACAAUAUGUUCAGAGACGCUGAAGUAUGAGGAGUCUCCCAACUUAAAAUAAACUGGGGAAUAAAAUAAAUGCCAGUUAUUUUAAUGUUCAAGUUAUGUUUGGGCAGGAACAUCUGUGUAAGCCAACAGCCUUUCAAAAACAGAACUCCAGUGUCAAAUCUUUGGAAGCAUCACACCUAAGUAUGGGAAUAUUGUAUGUUCUUUUUAAAGUAUUAAAUCCCACUUUAAAGUACCAGUUGCUGGUUGUUUUCAAGUUAAUUUAUGCAACACUUUUACA